CGUAAUUACAUUGUUUCCCAAAAAAUAGUAUUGACUUUUACUCGGUGGAAAUUCAGAUAGUCUCUUCUUUUAGAAUUCCAAAUAAAGUGAUCAUUAUUUAUUGUGAUAAAAUAUGUGCAAAUUCCAAGAAAAUAAAGAAUUUGGGCUUAGAGGAGACGACAAAGAGGUGAAGUGAUUAAGGUAAGCUGCAAUUAAUCUACACUUUCCCACAACAACAUGAGCUGAGGAUAUAACGAACUCUGAGAUUAGGAAGAAAUUGACCUCAUCGAACAAAGAGGAUGAAACUAACUGUGUUUCUGAGCUUGUUUUGGGCACUGAAUUUACUGUAUGGAGAGUGGUUUGCAUAUUUGUUGCCUUCGCAUUGGACAUGUUCUUGGCCUCAUCUUCAACGCCCUUCAAAUUCGUCACCGCUGAAUGGAGUUGAUUAUUCUAGUGAUUAUGUGAAAAUUGCUGUUGUUGCAGACCCUCAGCUCAUGGAUAAAACCUCCCUUCCUCUUUCUCCGAAAUCACUUGCUCUGGAGGUUGUGCAGUUCUAUACAGAUUUAUACAUGCGCAGGGCGUUCCUCUCGUCUGUAUUGCCCUUCAAUCCGGAUGUCAUUCUGUUUUUGGGUGAUUAUUUUGAUGGGAGCAGCAGUUUGUCUGAUGAAGAAUGGCAGGAAUCCUUAGGCCGUUUCAGGCAUAUUUUCAACCUGAAUAUGAUUCAGAAAGCCUCAAACAUAAAAAUAUACUACCUUUCCGGAAACCAUGAUAUUGGGUACUCAGCUUUGUACUACCAAAAGCCAGAGAUCAUCAAACGCUACGAGAGUGAAUUUGGUGCUAGGAACUUUAAAGUUACACUUGGAAACGUGGAUUUCAUUGCCAUCGACGCGCAGACUUUGGAUGGUCAUCCACAAGGUAACUUCGCAUCGGAUACCUGGGACUUCAUAAAAAAUGCGUCUAAAGAUAUAUCUUCUACUCCAAGGGUUUUGUUGACUCACAUCCCUUUAUAUCGGUCAGACUGGACUCCUUGUGGCCCCCACCGAUCUUCCGCCAUCAUCAAUCAACGAGUUCACCGUGACGAUCAUGAUCAAGAGAUUAUGUAUCAGAAUUAUAUCACUGAAAAAUCAACAAAUUCCCUACUGGAUCUAAUCAGACCUGCACUAGUCCUCACUGGCCAUGAUCAUGAUCAAUGCACUGUUUCCCAUAUGUAUAACAAUGGUCACGCGACAGAGCAUACUGUAGGAACUGUAAGCUGGCAACAAGGAAACUUGUAUCCUUCUUUUAUGCUACUAUCUGCCAAGAAUUCGUCAGAUUCGGAUGGAAUCACGACAGAAGACUCUGUUUUGACUAAUCUCUGCUUUCUCCCCAUGCAAACUCACAUCUACAUAUGGUAUUUAUCUCUCUUUGCAAUGACCCUUGUUGUUAUCCUCCUUUGGCCAGCGAACGAAGUCCAUAUAUCACGAAAGCUCGGUAAUCUCAUGGUUGCUAUCAGAGAUGUGUUUAAAAGCUUUAGAAGUGUUGUGAAAGAGAAAAACGAAGACGAAAAUGUCGAGUAUGAGGAGAUAUGGGAUGCAGAAGGGUCAAUGCACCUCAUCAAGAAAACCAAAAAGGUGUUAGUCUUGAAUGAGAGCAGCUCGAUCGAGAGGGGAAAUGCUGUGAUGCGAUCAAAAGCUCGUAAACAGGAUGCAGAGGCGACGAGUGAGGACGUGAGUAUACAUAUCGGUACAGGUAGAACGAACAGAUCGAAAGCCAAGAUGAUAAUCUGGAGAUUGUUGCGGGCGCUACGAGCUCUGAUGAUCAUUGCUGCCUUUAAUGUUCCUUUAUACGUGCUGCUCGUGUUCAAAGAUUGGAUCGAUAAAUGAUUUCAAACUCCUCCAUUUUGAUUUUGAGGCUAUCGAAAUGGUGUAUUUGACCUCUGUUGUCACAUAACAUCACGUUUCUGUAUUGAAUUCCAGAAAAUUAUCCAAGUAAAUUCGAGACUUUUCAUA